AGCCGCGGCGGAGUCGUCCGGCUGCACGGCGCGGCGCGCGGCGUUUGCUUUUCGAGACCGAAGUGAGUCAGUCAGUCAAGCGUCGACCAUCGUCGGGAUCGGUUGCCCGCGAUAUCUCUACCUUCACCUUGCCUGCUUCUUCGAAACGUGCUCGGUUCACUGCUCGGUAUGAAUUUUCUAACGAUCGCGAAGAGGAUCGGUAGAUCGUGACUAGAAAAGAUUUCAAACAAGCUACGUUCUUUCGAUGGAGUUUGAUCGAACACGAUUUUCGUCGAUCGUUUAGUCGUAAUCGCUGUUUGGACAAGUAAACGUUGAUCGAUCGGAGAUCAAACAAUUUUCUUGAUACCGAAACGCUCUUUGGUGAUAAAAACUUGGAGGAAAAAAAAUGUUUUCGCGAAACUUGUUGACUCUUGCGACGAUGGUGUCCAGCCUGAACGCGGUCGUUGGCGCUUCCGUGGAUCUCGAUUCGAGGGACUACGAGAUGCUCGGCGAUAAUCAGGGGAAAUCCGAUGACAACGACCCUCCACACGUUCACGAGGUGAGGUGUUACUGCAAUCAACCGGAAUGCGUGCCUCAAGGAUACAUGUGUCGUGGCAGAGGCUGUUUCACCGAAUUACCAUCGAAUGCAAAUCCUUCGUUAUUAAGAGCGGAGCACAGUACUUACAGCGGUUGUCUUGACGAGAGUUUCAAAGAGCGGCAAUGUCCCAUGGGAUACCUGUGUUGCGAGCAGGAUCUCUGCAACCACGUAGAUAGCCCAGCCAUGAGAAACAGGCUCAACAAGACUCUCCAAGAGUUGUUGGUGAACCAAAGACCUUUCGUUGACCCGGUGCAACCGAUCAAUCCCGGUGGUCAAUCAACAGACGGAUGGUUCAGAACUGCCACGAUUGCUGUUCCAAUUUGCGGCCUAAUCGUUCUGCUGAUAUUAGCCAGCCUGGCAAUUAGAUUACUACAGCCCGUACCGACGCAAAACGAUAAGCUCGGACCACAUUGUAUACCCGAUAAUGGACCGCCGUUAUUAGGACCACCGAAAGUGCCUCUCGUUUAAUUAUUUCGCAACCCCAAAGACGUUCGAUAAAGUGUUCUAGCGGAUAGACAUUAGUAAAGACUGUCUAGAAAGCUAGCGGGCUUGUAUAGCUCCACUUGGCUGUGAAUUUUGUGAAAAAAAAGCGACUGCUAUAAAUUAUAACAUUGCGUGUUGUGCACCGAUUGCUGCAAUUCCUCCGUACGACGACGCAUGGUCGUUACGAGUGAGAAAGAGCUAACAAAGCAAGACCUUUGUACAUGACGUUAAUUAAAAGAAGAAGAAAUUGCAAAAAAAAUCAAACGCAUUGUAUCGACCUUAUUGUAGCAUUGUAAAUAAUUUAUCUAUUUUCUAUCGCAUAUUAAAUGAUAAUCGCUUGUUUAGGCGGCAUAUAAAUAUAAUAGUAUAUAAAUGCGUUCCAUGAUGUUCAAAAGCACAGAGAUCCAGCUACAAGAUCACGAUAAAAUUACAAUACAAUGUCACAGGGAUGCAAAUCUUAUACUGCAAUAAUAAUAAUGACCUUUUCCAUCGAGUAAUAAUAUUGAAAACUGAACGAAGAGCACUAAAAGUCUGAUAAGUGUUUUUUAAUCGUAUAGGAUACCACCUCCCGAGAAAUCUGUCACUCCGACGCAUUGUAUACUCGUCACGUAGUAAUCGUAUUCCAUUUAAAUAUUAUUAUAUUGUGAUAGUAUGGUAUAAUUGUACGAUAACUAUUAUAUUAUUAAAUGUACGUAGCACGAUUAUUGUUUCACGACACGUGUUACUCAUGAGGGAUGAAUCGAAAGUGAACUUACAAUAUAUUGACAUAAUUUUUUCAGUAA